AUACGACGUGGGGUAACUUGAGAGAUAGCUGUCCUCGCCAACUUGCCACCAUGCUGUUAACAAUAUCAAUAAUAGAGUACUGUAAUCAAUAUCCAAAGAUGCACAAGUUUCUCCAUUUUUGUAAAGAACAUUUGUUUUUGUGGUGCAAAACACAUCAUAUACGGCAUUGUUUCUUCUAUAACAAGGGAAAAGGGUCACCAGGGGAGCACAAGCAAACCAAAAGAUGGUCACAUGACCGUGUGAGAGCUCGGGAGAAACGAAAACAAUCCUGUUACCAUGGGUUCAGCUGGACGCAACUAGGACCUGUAUGUUGUUAAGUGUGUGAGCGAGUAAGGGUCUCUGAGAGCACUCCCAAGUUCAACCAUCCAGUCAGCUACCCGGGCAACAGUUCAGAGAGUAAGAGUGUGCAAGGAGGAGCCUGCAGCUAGAGUCUCUUGUCUCUGACUCCCACCCACCCCAGCACGCAAUACUCCAAGAGGCUGCAUCAAAGGCGCUAAAUGCUGAGAUAGAAGGUUCGGGCCAUGACUCGUGACGAAGUGGAACGUGUCUGGCGAGAGCGACUGCAGCGCUGUCAGAGGCAGCUGAAAGCCAAAGAGGAUGAGAUGGGUCGCCAGUCCCAAUACUUUGACAACUUUAAACAUCAAUUCCACCACAAGCUCAGCCUGGCGAGGAACAGAGAGGAGAGCCUGCAGAAGCGCAUCUACACUUUAGAAAAGCAGCUACUGGACAUGACUGUGAGUGCGGCGACUGAUGUCGCAGUAUUGAGUGCAGUCCGAAUUGCGCCCAGGAUCAAAACACACUGGGAGGAGCAUGGGAGGCUGCCUGGUGCUAGAGAAGAGGGUGAAGGUGAAGAAGAGAAAAUUGAAGGCAAGAGGAGGAAAUGGCUGCCAAAUAAUGGAGGAGAGAAAGACGGAAGGCAGGAGGGGGACAAAGGACCAACUGAAAACAAAAGGAGCACAGAAGACGACAACCAAAAUUCAAAUGAAGUCAGGUUACAAGCUUUAAUCGUGACCCUGCAGGAGGAUCUCAGGGUGCUGCUGGAAAGAGAGGAAAGUGGGGUGACAGAACAUAGGCGGCUGAUAGAGCAGCUCCAAGAGGCCCAGGAGAACAGCCUUUUCCUGUGCUGCAAGGUGGAGGAAAUGAAGGUGGAGCUACAACAGCUGAAUUUGUCUGAGAGUGGCCUGGCUAAGGAUGUGGAAGAGCUAAGAGUGGAAAACAGUAGCCUCCAACUUGACCUGAAAGAUUUGACUAAAAAAACUUCCAGUCAGUCAUCUGCAAUCUCAGUGGAUGUUUGCGCUGUUGCCUCUAACGCUGAUACAAGUGUACAUCAUGCAGAAGGAAGCUCUGAAAAGGUACUUGAUAAGCAAGAUGUAAUUGCAGCUGUAUGCCAGCAGGCUGCAGCAGGGAGCUCCAAUAGUGCCACCCAAGCUCCCGUCUUUACUGCCAAACAUGGAGCUCUGCAUUUAUCUAAAAAUGACUCUCCAAGCAUUUUUCCUCGUCUCAGUCUCCAAACCCUCUCCUUGGCCUCGGAGACAAUAGAAGAGUGGGGCUCUGCGGGGAGCUUCAAUGUGGAGGACACACACAGCAAAGAACCUGAAGCCCUGCGGGACGCUUACAGGAGCUCGGGUUUGGGUGAGGACCUUGAGUGUCUCGGAGAGCAAUGUGAACACCUGGAGGCUGCCCUUCAGCAUUCAAAGCAUCAGCUGCAGGCGAUGGCUCAGGAGAAUGCCCAGCUAAAAGUACAACUCGGGAACCAAGGAGCAGAGAAGCAAGAGUCUUUUUUGCAUAUGUUUAGCGCAACAUCAACCAGUCAUGGAGCUGAUGCUUGCCAAUCACCUCCUGCCCAAGAUGACGUCACCACCCACGAUGGCCUACUCCAGGCCCUAAAUCAGGAGAAGCGAGCUUUGGCUUUCCGCAUUGAGGAGCUGAUGGCUCACAUUGAGCUCAAUGAGGAAGAAAUGAAGAGCGAGCGAUCUCGGCUGAGGAAGAAUAUUUUGUGUAUGGAGGAAGACAAAGCCAAGCUGGAGCAGGAGAAGCAAGAGCAAGGUUGCCUUAUCACAGAACUCACCAGAAAGAUUGAAGAUGAUCAUACUACAAUCAUGGAGCUGCGGCAAAGCUUAGAUGAGCGUGUAGAUUGUAAUGAACAAAAGAACAUGGCGUGUGGAUCUCUGCUUCAAACCGAGAAAGCAACUAGAAUAUCAGGAAGGUGUCAAGGGAACAACCCAGAUAAAUAUUUGGAUAGUUUAAUAGAGAGUAGAGUAACAGAGGAAGGAGGAGUACACCUGGUAUCAAGUCAACCACCAGAAAACAAUCGUACAUAUUUAAAGCCUCUUUGCAGUUCACCAAGACACCGCCUUGUGAAGUCACAUAGUGAUCAAGUGGAGCAGGUCACCAACUCCAUUCAGAACCUGAAAGCUGAGCAAGAGCAGUUGUAUAGCUGUGUAUUGCCCCUCAGAAAGGAAGAAAGGGAAGUCUCUCUGUCGGUCCAAACUCAGACUGAGGAGAAACGGCACUUAACUCGGAUAAUUUGGGCACUCAAAGAGGAGAAGGACGGGAUCUCUCGAUCUCUGGAUGGUCUUCAGCAGGAGAGGGAGCAAAUAAUCAGGGUGGUCAGUGGACUGAAAGCUGUACAAGUUCGUCUUUCAAAGUCUGUGAGUGGUCUGAAAGAAAAGAAAGAGAAGUUCACCGAGUGUUUUCCAGCCCUUGAAAGAGAAAAACAGAAACUGUUAGAGUCACUCUCAAGUGGAAAAGAGGAGGUCAAACAAAUGGCACAGACAGUGCAACAUUUGGAGAGAGAGAAGGACCAGUUAAGUCAGACAGUGUUGAGUUUGAAACUAACAGAUUCUCUCCAAGAGUCAACAGAUAAGAAGCAACCAUGCCAUCAUUUACAAGGAGAAUGUGAGCGCCUGCUAAAGGCCAUCAACAGUUUGACGGAUGAAAAAGGAAGAAUAGAACCUUCAAUCAGACAUUUGAAAGAAGAAGAAGCACAGAUAAUAGCAUUGCUUCAGUCUCAAAGAGAACCAAUGUUUGACCAACAUAAUGAUCCUCACAGUCAAACACAAGAGAGCGCAUCUCAUUGUUGGAUGUCAGAAAAUAGGAAGACUAAAGACAAAGACAAAAAAAAUAAGACAACAAGCUUAAUUGCAAACUCCAAACAGGAACUGAGUGACCUGGGGAGGGAGAUUGAAGUUGCGAGAAGAGAACUGAACAAGUCACAAGAAGAACCGGACAAAACAUAUGCGGGGACCGCAGAGCUACACGUGCAGCUGAGUCAGUCAGAAGCCGGGAGGGAAAAUGCAGAAAGGCAGACUGAUAUGGAUGUAGUUCCUUUAAAGGCCAAGCUUUCCUGCCUGGUGCUGAAGUGUCAAGAGAGAAACAGCUUAUUGGCACAGAUGACACAAGUCUUGCGCGGGCACAGAGAUGUAGAUUCUACACUGACACAGCGGGCUGAUGAGCUGCUCAGAGACGCGGCGCUGCUCGAGUACACUGCUGCAUUCGCACCGGGAAGCUUUGCAAAGAGUCAGGACUGCAGCCCCACGUCGGGAAGUGGACACACGCGGAAUGAUUCCGACAAAGAAUCUAGAGAAUGCAGAGAACAAAUGAGAACAAAACACCCUUUUUCUGAAGAGUCAACAACAAAUGACCCUGAAUGCAAUUGUGAUGUCACAUGUGCGCCAACUGUAAGAAGGAAGCAAAAUGCCAACUCGCCUGUGCAAAUUGUGCAAGAGCACAAACGGGUGCCACCAUCAUCAGAACCUGUGAAAGAAGUUCCCAGUGCCGAACAAACCGUUCUGCCUCCCCUUGCCACUGAACCCCUCCAAAGAUUUCGAGAUAUAAGACCCGAGUCCUGCCCGGGUCCAUCCAAUGUGUCCGAAUUAAGCAGGUCCAACCUGAGUCCUGUGCCUGCAAUCUCGGUUGGUCGUGUCGGUGGGAGCAGCAGGCUGAACAGUCCUGAGAUCGUCACCAACCUUCAGGAGCACUUACAGCAGACUCUGCUGAGGAGCUGUAAGGCAGUGGUGAGCAGAGGAAUGUCAUUCUCAGCCCCUGCAUCUCCGAGCCUGUCUUCUCAGAAAAAGCUUCAAGGUCUCGGUGCCAUUGCUCCACCUCCUGGCCCUCUCUGCUCUCUCUCAACCCCUCCCAAGCACUCCACACCAGUGACAACCACAUCUGUUAUUAGAAAUCAGCCAAUAACACUUUUUAACGCAGUCACAGCGAGACGAGCUAAGAUGUCAUUCGCACCUCAUUUGAUGGCAAACCGUCCGUUUAAAGCGGCCAUGUCCACCGCAAGCUCUGCUACUAACUCACUAAUUAACACUGCUGCCUCAAGCAAAACCAACUCGACCUCAAGCAGUGACUCCAAUGUACUAACCUCCCUAAGAUUGAAAAGACUCAUUUCUCCUGACAUGGCUGGUGCAGAACAUUCCGCUUCCGCUCCUUUAAUGACCUCUAAAACUACUGACUCCGACGUCUUCAUGUGUUCUGACACAAAUCUAAAAAGCAUUGCCUCAUACACAACUGCUCUGAGUAAAGCGACUGCCCACAAAGCUGAUGUCUUCAGCACGAUGAUGAAACCUAAUGGUGCGGCUCCUUACGCAUGCGACGACCUAGAAUUCACCAUGUCCAAGUCGCAUUCUGCUCAGCGCUCUGCUGAUGGAUCAUCAAAUCAGUCCCAGAUUGCUCCAGAGAAAAUGAGACCUUCAAGACCCAAGCCAGAUGCUCCAGCAGAGGUGCACACUGUGGAGGUCGUCAAACAAGUGGGGAAGAGCAGCCUCCUGAUUGGCUGGGAGAGGCCUCCUCUGGACGAUUUGGGUUGCAGUCAUGGUACCUUUGUGUAUGGUUACAGGGUGUUUUUGGGUGGGGCAUUCUACAAGUCUGUGAUGAGCUCAGCAUGCACCAAGUGUGUCCUGGAAAACGUGAACCUGACUUACCCAGUUGAAAUUGGCGUCCAAACACUGGGCUCCAAUGGGCUGAGUUCAAACAGGGUCACCACAGUGUACAUGCCUCAAGUUGGGGAAGGUCUCCUCUGAAUCACACUGUCUUGGUUACAUCACCCCUCUAACGGAGCAUUAUAAGGGAAAUGAUGUCAUUACAAUGGACCAGCACAGGUCAAUUCAAAAAUAACAUUGUCACAAGGUCUUGACUUGUUGCUGGACAGUGGACCUCAAAGCGAUCAACUGAAAACUAAAAAAAUAAUGGUGUAGGAUUCCUGACGACGGGUUGCAUAAACACAGGUGGAAACACAUUUCAGCUCAUUUUAACGGAAGGUCUUUUUUUUGCACGUUUUGGAUUGAACAUGUUUUACAGCCACUCGGUUAAAUCCUCGCAAAUUGCCUAAAGCCACGACCAUGAUUGACUAAGACCUAUGGCCGCACAUUUGCACUGUGGUCAACACAGACUGAGAUCGUGUUUCUUACUAAUUCACUAAAGACCUCUGCUGCUGCUGCCUCCAGAUGCUGUGACGCUCAAACUUUUUUUUUUCCGACAAAAACUGCAUCAUUGGCCGAUGCUCGCGCCGACCUGAGGCUCUCACCUUCAUUUUUGCACAAGCCAAAUAUGAGUAAGGACAUUGAAAUCUCAAGUAUUUUCUGACAGACAUCAAACACAGGAUCUAUUUCAUUUUUGUCAGUAUUUUGCACACAAUCCUGUAUAAAAGAUGAAUUAGAUGUCACCUUUGCCUGCUACCUUCUUUGUUUUCUAGAAUUCACGUGUGUUUUUGCCAUUUCCAUACGGGUAUAAAGUGACCACGGUGCAGCAUAUGCAUUUUUCUAUCACGAUAUAAUUGUUUAGCCAUUGACACCUCGCAGCUGUAAAGAGAAUAAAUGUC